CAGUCUCCUCAGACAGGAGCGCGUUCCAGUAAGAGUCCGACAUACUGUAAAAAGACAACUGGAAAACUGUAAACGACUUUAAACAGGGAACUGACCUGUUUGUCCUCUUCUUUUGGCAGAGGAGACGUAACGUAUAUCAGCGGACUCUUGAUUUUUAGCAUUGCAUUUGGGGCCCACAGAGUCGCCAACAUGAGUCAGUGGUUGGAGCUGCAGCAACUGGAUUCGAAGUUUUUGGAGCAAGUGGAUCAGCUGUACGAUGACAACUUCCCAAUGGCCAUCCGCCAGUAUCUUAGCAGCUGGAUAGAGAGCCAUGACUGGGACCACGUUGCCAACGUAGAGAACGAGUCCUUAGCCACCGUGAGGUUUCAUGACCUUUUAACACAGCUGGAUCAUCAACACAGCCGGUUUGCAAUGGAGAAAGACUUCCUGAACCAGCACAACAUCCGCAAGAUCAAGAGGAACUUGCAGAGUCUCUUCCAAGACAAUCCUGUUUCCAUGGCAAUGAUCAUCAGUCGGAACCUGAACGAGGAGAGAAAGAUUUUAGUAUCUGCCCAAAUGUCCGAGCAGAAUCGUGUAGAGAGCUCCCAAAACGACAUGAUCGUGGAGAAACAUCGAGAAAUGGAUGCGAAAGUAAAAGACAUCAAGAUGAAAGUGCAGGGAACUGAACAAAUCAUUAAAAAUCUUGAAGAUCUGCAAGAUGAAUACGACUUCAAGGACAAAACUCACCGAAGCAGAGAGGACCUGAACGGGACGAUUUCGAAAGAAGACCUGAAUCGGGAGAGGCUGGCUAUUCACUCCAUGUUAGUGAAACUCAACGACAUGAGAAAGAACGUGAUCAGUCAGAUAUCGGAGGUCUUGAACCUCAUGGAUCAAGUGGUGUUCGAGCUCAUCUCAACAGAACUUGCCGAAUGGAAACGGCGUCAGCAGAUGUCCUGCGUUGGGGGUAUGACCAACGUCUGCUUGGACCAGCUGCAGAACUGGUUUACUUCAGUGGGCGAAUCUCUGCUUCAGCUUAGACAGCAACUAAAGAAACUUCUUGAACUGGAGCAGAAGUUCACAUAUGAAAACGACCCUAUUACCAAUAGCAAAAGCACUCUGGAGGAAAGGAUUACGUUAAACCUCAAAACUCUUAUUACAAACUCCUUGGUUGUUGAGAGACAACCGUGCAUGCCGACCCAACUUCAAAGACCAUUGGUGCUCAAGACGGGAGUUCUGUUUACCCUUAAAAUUCGAAUGCUUAUAAAACUUCAGGAAUUUAAUCACACUGUUCGCGUGAAGGUGCAUUUUGAUAAGGAUGUUGUUGAAAAACGAAAAGGGUAUCGAAUGUUUAACAUCUUGGGAACAUCCAUGAAGGUGAUGAACAUGGAGGAAUCCAACGGAAUGGCGGCAGAAUUCCGACAUCUGCAACUCAAAGAGAGGAAAGUUACUGGGAACAGAACCAGUGAGGGCCCGCUGAUCGUCUCAGAAGAACUUCACUCCAUCACUUUUGAGGCGGAGCUUUGCUGGUCUGGAAUGGUCAUGAAUUUUGAGACCACCUCCUUGCCCAUAGUCGUGAUCUCCAAUGUCAGUCAGCUGCCCAGUGGAUGGGCGUCCAUAAUGUGGUACAACAUGCUGACCUCUGAGCCCAAGAAUCUGUCGUUUUUCGUAAGUCCUCCUUCUUGUACAUGGGGACAUCUAUCGGAGGUGCUGAGCUGGCAGUUUUCCGCCAUUACCAAAAGGGGUCUCAAUCAAGAACAACUAAGCAUGCUGGGAACUAAACUUUUGGGUCCCAAAGCAGUGACAGAUCCUGAAGCUCAGAUCCCAUGGAAUAGAUUCUGUAAGUCUGGUGGUGAAAAGAACGCUACAUUUUGGCUUUGGAUUGAAGGAAUUUUGGACCUUAUAAAGAGACACUUGUUGAGCCUCUGGGAUGAUGGGUGUAUCGUUGGGUUUGUGACCAAGGACCGCACUAAAACUUUGCUACACGACAAAGCUCCCGGGACGUUUCUGUUGCGCUUUAGCGAAAGCAACCGCGAUGGAGCCAUCACAUUCAGCUGGGUGGAACAUGACGCGAACGAAGAGCCACAGAUUCGCUCUGUGGAGCCCUACACGAAAAAGGAGCUCUCAGCUGUUUCACUUCCCGACAUCAUUCGAAACUAUCGCGUGAUGGCGGCUGAAAAUGUCCCGGAAAACCCUUUGCGCUUCCUCUACCCUAACGUACCUAAAGACGAAGCCUUCAGGAAAUACUACUCUAAGCCCACAGACAAACAAGAGCCAAUGGAUGUUGAUAGGAAGUCAGAUGAAGGCUAUAUCAGUACUACCCUCAUCUCUAUCUCUGAAAUGAAACCACAGGAUUAUGAUCGUAACCUCAUGCCUAUGUCACCUGAGGUCUUUGUCGAGCUAGAGCGGAUGAAUCCAUUCAUACCAGAUAUGGAAUCAACAAUUUUGGGGAUGCCACAAAACUUCUCUUAAGGACGGGGUUCAUGGAUUUUUGCUUAAAAAAACCUAAAAGGAUUGUUCACACAUGACGUGUCUUUAACUAUCAUGCACUUACGUUACAAAUGCAAGGUUUCGAUAGACGUACUUAUUGCAAUACGGAAAGGUUCGCGUUAUUGGCAAGUCACAUAGUGAUGUAAGACACCUUGAAGUGUGAGGCGAGGUCAGAUAUUCCUUUUUGUUUUGUUGUAGCGAACGGAUUUCUUUUAAAAAAAAAACAAAUACUGUAUAUAUGCUGCCAUCUAUAAAAAACUAAGAGAAAACUAAUUUUACAUUCAUGCUAUAGUAUACUUAGCACUUAAUAUGGCAAAUUUAAGCAACCUUAUAAGGACAGAGACGUUAUAGUUUGUAAAUAGCACUUCAUUUUAUAAAUUUUAUUAUUGCUGAUAUGCCAAGUGAUGAGAUAAAGAGGCAGAAAGUAAGAAAUAAUUAAUAAAAAGUUAAAAUAAUGUGGCAAGGGGAUACAAUCCUAAUGGUUCUGAGAAGGCUUCAUUUUUAACUAUAAAUUAAAAUGUGACCCUAGAGUAUUUUUGAUUACCCAGAAUGAUUUUAAAAAGCAAGGAUUCAGGUCAGAUUGACACAUUUAAGCUGUUGGGUGUUUAGUUUUCUUAAACACAUGUGAAAAAAAAUCCUGAAUGCUUUCUGAAAUGUCUGGUGCUUCAUUUUUUUAUUUGUUUGCACAUGUUUGUACCUUUAUGUAUUUUCUUUUCCACACUGGAUCGUGCUGCUGUUUUCAAUUACAAUUAUUUGUCUACUUAGUCUGUCGUGGGCAUUAUAAAAAAUAUUUUCGAUAACUACCGUUUGCUUUAAACAUAUACCUAAAAGCUUUUGGUGUAGACUAACAAAUGCUGUAUAUAUUUCUUCAAAAUCUCACAAAGUGCAAAGCAAUAUAUCGUAAUUAUUGUAUAGUUGUCUUAAAGGGAUAGUUCACUGAAGAUAUUUUAACUAAUGUUUGUAACCAAGCAGAUCUGGGGCACCAUUGACCUCUAUAGGUGGUUUCAUCGUAACCAUGCAUGUUUUCGCGAUGAAGCGGCUGGAACCAAAAGGGUGAUUCUCACGAAAUCCAGACUUAAAAGGCGUCCAGCAUCAGAUUUUUU